AAUCCCACUGGCUUCUAGCUGCUGACAGGAGCUUGCUGACUGCUCACGCGUGCACACAAUGGCCUCCUCCUCUCUGCUUCUUAUUUUCUUGGCUGCAAUGGUGUACAUUACUGAAGCUACACCACUAGUUUCCCACGGCUCCAUCGACUCCAAGUGCCCUCUUAUGGUAAAAGUCCUGGAUGCCGUACGAGGAAGCCCAGCUACCAGCCUAGAAGUCAAAGUGUCCAAAAAGGCUGAAGAUGGGAACUGGAAGGAGUUUGCUAGUGGGAAAACAAAUGAAUUUGGGGAAAUCCAUGAGCUUACAACAGAUGAACAGUUUACAGAAGGUUUGUACAAGGUCGAGUUUGACACCAGCUCAUACUGGAAGGCAUUUGGUGUUUCUCCAUUUCAUGAAUAUGCUGAUGUGGUUUUUACUGCUAACAAUUACGGUCAUCGUCAUUACACCAUUGCUGCUCUUCUUAGUCCCUAUUCUUAUUCAACUACAGCUGUUGUCACUGACCCAAAGGAAUGACGCUAUUCAUUAUUCUCAAGUGUUCUCCCUACUAUUUGACUCUUCUAGAACUGUUUUAGAGGCAGCAAUUAAUUUGUGUAAUCAAUGGCUUGUUUGCUACAGUAACAUCUAUCAUUAACAUCUUGGCUAAACCUUUUUUGAAA